UUAGUUGAAAUUGGCAGACAAAACCCAAAGCAACGUUCCGAUUUGGAAGCGCUCGAAGUUUAUGUAGUUUCCGUGUGAUUUAUUAAAGUAAAAAUAAAAUUUAUAACAACAACAACAUAAUUAGCGAAGUGUCGGAGAGAGUGUUUCUCAUCGCAUUGUAACGAAAGUGUUGUUUCUGUGAAAUUUCGCAAAUUUGCAAUAAAGUGCAAGGUGUCCAAGCCAACUAGUCGAAGUUGGCCCAGUUUUGGCAUUAACAGUAAUAUAUGAAAAUUUYCGUCAGCGUAGAUCGCGUUUGAGUAAUCUCAAAGUGUAGUGCAGUUUUUCAUAAAUAACUGUUGUUUUUCGUGCAACAUUGUGCGUAAUAUUGACACUUUUGGCAUUCAAACCAAAAAGUGCAAAACAUUGCGAGUAGUCUAUAAGGGAAGAUUUUUGACUGAACCAACUCUGAAGUUUUUAGUGAAACGCCAARGAAAGCUUCAAAACUACACGGUGACAGUUACACACUCGACUCAAGGCAAUCAAGUAGCCCACCCGUCCACCGCUCGCAGGCAUAGCGACACCAGAAAAGGCAAAGCACAUAAAGCAAAUACAAAUCAAGCGCAAAAUCAAUAGCUSUCARCUAUGGAUGUUGGAAAAUAUUUGGGAUUAUUGGCGCUGAUGCUGCUCUCGCUGUUGGCGCUYUACAGYAGUCCGGUGGAGGCGUGCAGUUGCAUGCCCAGCCAUCCGCAGACACACUUCUGCAAUGCUGAUUAUGUUGUCAUAAUACGCGUAAUGCGCAAGUCCCUCCGUUUAGUGCAAGACAACGUCGCAUACAAAGUGGAAGUYAAGAAGUCAUAUAAGAUGAACGAAGCCGGUCACAAGCUGCUCAAGCACGGUCGAAUAGUAACACCAAACUCGGAUGCCAUGUGUGGCAUAAACCUGGACAUAGGCAAGCUCUAUGUGAUUGCCGGCCGGGGUCCGUAUUUGAACAGUUGCAGCUAUGUCAAGGAGUAUCUGAAAAUGUCGGUGGUUGAGAGGCGUGGAUUUGCCGGCGCAUAUCGCAAGGGUUGUAAAUGCUCGGUGCAACCCUGUUUCGGCCAAAGYUGCUUAAGUGAACACCAAUCGGCCACCUCGUGCAAAUGGUCGCCCUUCGCMAAAUGCGAGACCGAUUAUAGCGCCUGCAUUCCCUCACACUAYCGCACACCCGAAGGCAUCAUCUCCAARUGCCACUGGCGRAGAACGCCGGCAUACAAAAAAUGCAUGUCCGAUCCAUAAAUUGCUUAACACAUAUGUACUAGAUAUGUAUGUACAUAUAUAUAAAACGAGGCAGUAAAAGAARUGAGCGAAAUCAACAAAAAAUAGUUUUACAUGAAAGUUUGCUGCUUAUUUUUUGUAGUUUAGCUGUAUUUUACGAAAUAAUUACUUAUUUCAUUUUAACAUGUUACAUACAUACAUACAUACAUGUAUACACUAAAAUUCAUAUGUAUGUUCUGGUUGUAAUUUUCCACGCGCAGCAUUUCCAUUUUGACAUUUACAAACACAUUUAAU